UGUGAUUCGACACGGAUUCGACACGACGAUACGCGUAUUCAGGAUCCACGUCCCUGGGCCAUUCCUUCCGGGAUCACACAAUCCAAACUCGUCCUCCAACACUGCCCGAGUGGCACAGCCAAACAUUUGACUCUGAACUACCGCCGUCUUGCCUUUUGCUGUCGGUAUCAAUAUGGAGCUGACGCGCGUUAAGACGGUGCUGCCCCCCGAAUUUGGAAACGGGGGUAGCCAGGGUCCCAAGUCUUCCUCUGUCGGUCGGACGCUAUAAUAAUGAAGACAGAACCCAAAAUCCAUUCAAGAUCUCGUCCUUCUCUGCCUAUCCUUGGUUGACAUCCCAUUCGACUACUUCGAGGCCAUCGUGACAUCUUGACAACACUCCUUGGCCCCUUCACAUCUUGACCACACCCAGGGGUCGAAACGAGACACCAAGAAGUCAGCGACGUGCCGAGCUCAGGAAUUGCUUAGCAUGGCCGACGAAGCUGCGUACGAGGGCGGCUUCAAGCUGUACCGUUACGACCCCAGUUUGGCAGCCAACAUUGUUUUCAUCGUCCUUUUUGCCGCGGUAUCAAUAGGCCAUGCCGUGUUCCUUUUCCGACGAAGGACAUGGUCGUUUAUUCCGUUCUUGAUCGGCUGUAUUUUUGAGACAAUCGGAUACAUCGGUCGAGCCAUCGCCGCCCAGGAGAAUCCCGACUACUCGUUAGGCGCCUACAUUCUUCAAACCCUGCUCAUCCUCCUCGGUCCCGCGCUGCUCGCCGCCUCCAUCUACAUGAUCCUCGGCCGCCUGAUCCGCCUGCUCGGAGCCGAAGAAUACGCCCUGAUCAGGACGAACUGGAUGACCAAGAUCUUCGUGACGGGCGACGUAUUGUCUUUUAUGGCGCAGGGAGCUGGCGGCGGCCUCAUGGCAGUAGCCAAGACCAAGGACGACCAAAAGCGAGGCGAGAACGUCAUCCUCGCGGGCCUGGCCAUCCAGAUCGUCUUCUUCGGCUUCUUCAUCAUCACCACCGUCCUCUUCCACCGGCGCAUCCUCGCCAACCCGACCCCGCGCUCCUACUCGGUCACGGGCCCCUGGCGGCAGCUGAUCGUGGCGCUGUACAUCAGCAGCGUGCUGGUGAUGGUCCGGUCCGUCUUCCGCAUGAUCGAGUUCGGCAUGGGCAACGACAGCGUGCUCAUGUCCCACGAGGGCUACCUGCUCGGCCUCGACGGCGCCCUCAUGCUGCUGGUCGCCGCCGUGCUGCUGUGGAGCCACCCCAGCCGCGCCCUCGCCGGCUACAAGGAGGUCCUCGGCUCGUCGGGCGGCGAGAGCGGCCGCAACACCGCCGACAGCCUGCAGAUGCUGCCUGUCCACCCCGACGCGGUCCCCGCGGGCGUCAAGAUGCCUGCGAGAUAUGAUAGUGACUCCACUGCGGUCGCGGGGAACCAGGGGAAUGGGUAUGAUGUGCCGCCGAGGGAGCACCGGUACUCGAGCGCGUAUGGGAGGUGAUGAGGGGAGAGCGGGAAAGGAGGGAAGGGCU